AUAACUCUCCCUCUUAUAUUUUUAGCUUCCCUUUAUUUACUUCUCCUUCUGUUCUCUCUCUCCAUUAACUCUAUUCUUCACUCUUGAAUACUCUCAAGAUAAAACCCACUCUCACUCUCAGAAAAUAUAUUAGUCAUCACCAUAUAUAAUUGCUCUUCCUCCUUUUUCUUGACCUAUUUUUCUUUGUCUUUGUGGGGUUCCUUUGAGGUUUUAUAUCUUCUGGAUUCGACAUAUAUACCUCUUGUAUUAGAUCAUCUGAUCAGAGAACUUAUACCCAGUUUUUUUUUCUCUAUCAAUAUGUGGGUUUCUGUCACUUGAAGCUUUGGUUGAAACUCAAGGAAGUUACUUAGGUAGAUAUCAAACGGAGGUUGGUCUUUUAUUUAAUUAUUAUUGACGUUGAAUACAUAAGAAAGUUAAAAGAAAUGGAGGGUUAUUCAAGAAACGAGGAGAAAAAGCUGGAGUUAAGGCUUGGUCCGCCAAACGGAGACUGGUCUAGAGAAAAGGAUGAAGCCCUUUUCCCUUUUGGUUACAAUAUCAGCACCAACAAUGGAAGCCAAGUUCAGCAGCAAAAGUUUUCUUCAUUUCUUCAGCUUCAAACAACGCCACAGAAACAGAGUGUGAUGGCACAGGAAUCAUUACAGACAGCUGGUUGCAUUAAAGCAGUAAAUGAUGCAGAAAAGAAGGCAUUUUCACCAGCUACAAAAACAGGUCCUGUCUCCCACAGUGCUCAGAAAAGGACUGCACCAGCACCAGUGGUGGGUUGGCCUCCAAUUCGUUCAUUUAGGAAGAAUAUUGCAAGUAGCAGCAGCUCUUUGAAACCUGUGACUGCGUCACAAAAUGUGGUCCCAAAUAAGAGUGAUGCCAACAAAAAACCAAUGGAAAUUUGUCAGAAAGGAUUAUUUGUUAAAAUCAAUAUGGAUGGUAUUCCUAUUGGAAGGAAAGUAGAUCUCAAAGCUUAUGACAGCUAUGAUAAACUCUCCUCUGCUGUUGAUGAACUUUUUAGAGGCCUUCUUGCAGCUCAAAGUGAUCAAUCUGGUGGUGGGAAAGAGAAGAAGGAAGAAGGAGAGAAAGCGAUAACUGGAUUAUUGGACGGAAGUGGCGAAUAUACGCUUGUUUAUGAGGAUAAUGAAGGUGACAGAAUGCUUGUUGGGGAUGUCCCUUGGCAUAUGUUUGUGUCUACUGUGAAAAGGCUGCGUGUGUUGAAAAGCUCAGACCUCUCAACACUUACUCGUGGAAAUAAGCUGACCUGAUGAUCUGAUCUAACGCGCAAUCUUGAGAAUCAACAAGAGAAUGAAUGACUUGUUUUGCAUGGAAUUGAAAAGUUUUUCAUUAUUGAAGUAGUAGAAGCAAAAAGAGUUUUUGUAAAUUAUGAAUAUUGCUGCACUGCUAAUAUUUGUGUUUGGAAGGCAAAAAAUGAAUAUUGCUUUCUUUGUUUUGUCCCUUUUUGUAUCCAUAGGAUGUGUGCUAUCUCCAGUUAAUUUCUCCAAGUGUAUAAAAUUAAAAUGUAAACCGUUCGUUCUC